AUGACAGGCUCAACCUGCCUGCGGCUAGACAUGGCGGUGCUGCAGAACUUCGUGGCCGUGCAUGGCGGACGGGGCAAAAGCUGCCGGGGCCAGCAUGCCUCCGACAAGAAGGACGCCUACUACAUCGCCAUCACAGCCGACUCAGUGGACGAAUGCAAAGCUGCGUGUGUGCAACAUGUCGAUUGCCAGGGAAUCAAUUUCCUCAGCACCGGCCACUGUGAAGUGUGGACGCGCCCGGAAGGAAUCGAGGCAACAGCUGAGGAUGACAACUCAGUUUGCUUGAAGGCGCCUAUGCGGAACAGCAGUAGUUGUUGGAAGCAUCAUGGCGCGGACGAGUUUGAGACAGAUCCGCUGCUGGGGCAAUACUCUUUACAAGAGUGCCAAGAGGCCUGCCUCAAGGAGCCGGAAUGCCAAGGCAUUGUGAUGCCACAGGGCAACCAGCACGUGUCCAAAAAGACAUGUUGGCUGCGAAAGAAUGUUCACAAGGAGCACUGCCGGCAAGAUCACCCAUUCAACUUUUGGCUGCGGCCGGGCGUGGAGCUUCAACAAGCCGGUCCGACCAGCGAAGCAGCUUGCUGCGCAGCUUAUGAUUCUUGGCCCGAGAAGGACAACGUGCAAUGCUCAGGCUGCACGGCCUUGAUCAACGCGGCACCUUUCGGAGGCAGAUGCGACAAAUACUGCGAAAGCUUUGGGCAUGUGUGCUAUCAAGCAGCUGAAGAAGUCAACGAGAAUUGCUGCUUAGCUGCACGUACUUGCACGUCCCGAGUCUGA